AUGGCUGACCACUUUGCCGAGAGAGAGAGAGAGAGAGAGAGAGCCUUCCUGGCAGUGCUGUUCUUGGACCAACGUGAGAGGGCAUUGGAAGAGGUGCCAAGUGAUGCCUGGUCUGGAGAAGAAAGGCCUCUGAUUGCCAAACCUGACGUGAUAUCCUGGCUGGAAGAGGAGGAAGACCUGUUUCUCCUGGUCUCUGAUGAAGAGGAUGGACUGGCAGGCAACAGCAGAAAGACACCCCAGAUGCUUUCUCCACCAUCUCCUCUGUGUGGUGAAGGGAGACGAGCUGCCAUUCAGCCAACUCAGGGUGGUGUGUCCUUUGAGGAGGUGGUUGUGCACUUCACCCAGGCGGAGUGGGCCCUGCUGCUCCCAGCCCAGAGAGCUGUGUACAAGGAGGUCCUGCUGGAAAAUUUCAGGAACGUUGCCUCUCUAGGUGGAGUGUGGGAGACAGCAAAAGAAACAUCUGAGCAUCCAGUCAUGGAGAAAGUAGAUAUAGGCCUCACUGUCCAUCAAAGAAUUCACAUGGGGGAGAAGCCAUAUAAAUGCCUAGAAUGUGGGGAAAGUUUCAGUGAUCGUGGAAGACUUACUUCUCAUAAAAAAUGUCACACAGGAAAGAAACCUUGUAAAUGCCUGGAGUGUGGAAAAUGUUUCAGUCAGAGUGGACACCUUAAUAUCCACCAAAGAAUUCACACAGGGGAGAAACCAUAUAAAUGCCUGGCGUGUGAAAAAAGCUUCACUCAGAGAUCAUAUCUUACUAUCCAUCACAGAAUUCACACAGGUGAGAAACCAUAUAAAUGUUUGGAGUGUGGAAAAAGCUUCAGUUGUAAUGGAAGCCUUACUUCUCAUAAAAGAAUUCACACAGGUGAUAAACCACAUAAAUGCCUGGCGUGUGAAAAAAGCUUCACUCAGAGAUCACAUCUUACUAUCCAUCACAGAAUUCACACAGGGGAGAAACCAUAUAAAUGUUUGGAGUGUGGAAAAAGCUUCAGUUAUAAUGGAAGCCUUACUUCUCAUAAAAGAAUUCACACAGGUGAUAAACCACAUAAAUGCCUGGAGUGUGGAAAAAGCUUCAGUCACAGUCACGGUUUGUCUUCCCAUCAAAGAAUUCACACUGGGGAGAAACCAUAUAAAUGCCUGGAGUGUGGCAGAAGGUUCAGGAACAGUGGAAACCUUACUUCUCAUAAAAGAAUUCACACAGAGGACAAACCAUAUAUAUGCGUGGAGUGUGGAAAAAGCUACAGAGAUAAUGGGAGCCUUACUUUCCAUCAGAGAAUUCACACAGGGGAGAAACCAUAUAAAUGCCUAGAAUGUGGGGAAAGCUUUAGUCGGACAGACAGGCUAACUGUCCAUCAAAGAAUUCACACAGGAAAGAAACCACAUAAAUGCCUGGAGUGUGGAAGCAGCUUCAAUAGCUGUUGGCACCUUACUGUCCAUCAAAGAAUUCACACAGGGGAGAAACCAUAUAUAUGCUGGGAGUGUGGAAAAGGCUUCAGAGAUAAUGGAAGCCUUACUUCUCAUAAAAGAAUUCACACAGGGGAAAAACCAUAUAAAUGCCUGGAUUGUGGGAAAAGCUUUAGUCAGGGUUCACACCUUACUGUCCAUCAAAGAAUUCACACAGGGGAAAAACCAUAUAAAUGCCUGGAGUGUGGGAAAAGCUUCACGCAAAGUGGACACCUUACUGUCCAUCAACGCAUUCACACAGGGGAGAAACCAUAUAAAUGCUUGGAGUGUGGAAAAAGCUUCAGUUAUAAUGGAAGCCUUACUUCUCAUAAAAAAAUUCACACAGGUGAUAAACCGCAUAAAUGCCUGGAGUGUAGAAAAAGCUUCAGUCACAGACACGGCUUGACUUCCCAUCAAAGAAUUCACACAGGCGAGAAACCAUAUAAAUGCCUGGAGUGUGGCAGAAAGGCUGUCGCUUGA